AUGACUGCCAAUAUCCCCUACUUCACCUUUAAUAAUGGCGUUAAAGUCCCCUCUGUCGGUAUGGGUUGCUGGAUGGGUACUCCUGGAGGAGGCGAAACCGUUGAGCUCAUGUGCAAGAACGCUCUCAAGCUGGGCUACCGCCAUCUAGACACGGCAUUCGGAUACGGCAACGAGGAACAUGUGGGGAAAGCCAUCCGUGAAUCGGGAAUUCCUCGGGAAGAGAUCUUCCUCACGUCGAAGCUACCGAAUCAUCAUCAUCACAAAGUACGCGAAUCGUUUGAACAAUCCCUGAAGAGCUUGGAUUGUGGUUAUAUAGAUCUCUAUCUCGUCCACUGGCCUCAAGCAAAUGAUGAUCAAGGUAAACCCAUACCCUAUGGCCAGAAACCUACCAUUUUAGAUACAUGGAAGGACAUGGAAAUUUUGCUCGAGACUGGAAAGGUCAAGUCCAUUGGGGUCUCUAACUUCUCUGUCAAGACGCUCAACGAGAUCCUGCCCCAUGCAACUGUGAUUCCCGCUACCAAUCAGGUCGAACUGCACCCUUGUCUGCCGUCGUUCGAGCUUAAGGAGUUCUGCGAAUCAAACGGCGUCCUGCUUACCGCCUACUCUCCUCUCGGCCGACCAAUGCCUGGCGAAGCCAAACCCGUGUUCUUCAGUGAUCCGGAUAUUCUGCGCAUUACGGAGAAACACAGCGGCACCCCGGCACAGGUUGUGAUCAGUUGGGCGGUCAAGCGUGGGACUAUCGUCAUCCCGAAGAGUGAGAACGUAGAGAGGAUGAAAGCCAAUAUCACAUUGUUAGACUUGUCCGAUGACGACAUGACAGUCCUGAAUGCAAUCCACAAGAAGCCUGGCAUGCACAAGUCGCUACUCAGCUACCACAACUACACGGAUGACGGCUUCAUUUUUGGCUGGACGUACGAGCAGUUGGGCUGGAAUAUGAAGAAGGGCGGGAUUAUGACUGACUAG